UCCUGACUGCUGCAUUGGUCAUAGGCGAGCAGUGACUGGCAUCUCUGGAGACACCAGGAUCUGGCUAAGUGGAGACUGGGCGCAGAGGUUCUCAUGUGACAUGAAUGAAAUGUGCACUGUAAUGUGUAUCAAUGCAUGUAGUAUUAAUUCAUGCCUCUUCUACGUACCCCGGCCCAUUCAUUGUAGAGUGUUAUUUACUGUGUCAAGAAUUGGGUAGUCGUUUUUUGCCCACAGAUAAGAUGGCGCGAAAGGGCGGAAGCCUGCGUUAUCAUGUGACCCAACAAAUUUGCCACUGAUCCAGGAAAAUAUUAUCCGCACAGAUACGUUUUACAUGGUGUGAAUAAGCCCAUAUAUUGCCAGCACCAUGGCAUCGCUGAGUGAAGAGGAUGAGCACUCGCCACUCUUGGGAUCUUCAGAUGCUGGAUUGGUUGUGGAAACAGAACAGCAGCAUAAAAGCCGAUGGUGGUCAGUCCGAGUCAUGUACCUGACAAUGUUCCUCAGCAGCGUAGGGUUUUCAAUUGUGGUGACAUCUAUUUGGCCAUAUCUUCAAAAGAUUGACCCAAGUGCUGAUGCAGGCUUCCUUGGCUGGGUUAUAGCUUCCUACAGUUUGGGCCAGAUGGUUGCUUCGCCCUUGUUUGGCUUGUGGUCCAAUCACAGACCAAGAAGAGAACCUCUCAUUGUCUCCAUAUCCAUACUGGUGGCUGCCAGCUUCUUAUAUGCCUAUGUGCAUGUGCCCGCUGCACACAACAAGUAUUAUAUGCUCAUUGCCCGAGCAUUAGUUGGCUUUGGAUCAGGAAAUGUUGCAGUUGUACGUUCGUAUGUCGCUGGUGCUACUUCGCUAUCAGAGAGGACAAGUGCAAUGGCAAAUAUUAGUGCUUUCCAAGCUCUAGGAUUUAUCCUGGGCCCUGCUUUCCAGGCCGCCUUUACUUUGAUUGGUGAGAGGGGUGUGACCUUUGAAGCCAUUGACCUUCAGUUGAACAUGUACACUGUGCCAUCCCUCAUGGGUGCUCUCCUUGGCAUUGUGAAUAUAAUUCUGAUCUUUGCAAUAUUCAGAGAACAUAAAGUGGAUGACCUGGGGAGGCACAUGGGAAGUAUUAACUAUGAUUCUGAAGUCACAAAUACAGAAAAAGAUAAUGAUGAGCCGGUUGACCAGAUUGCUGUUGUCUCCUCAAAUGUCCUCUUCUUCGUCAUUUUGUUUGUAUUUGCUCUUUUUGAAACGAUUGCCACACCAUUAACAAUGGACAUGUAUGCAUGGACCAGAUCCCAGGCUGUGCUCUACAAUGGAAUUAUCUUGGCUGCGAUUGGUUUUGAGUCAGUGGCAGUAUUCAUUGCAGUGAAAAUUCUUUCCAAGAAGACUGGAGAGCGUAUUCUGCUCCUUGGCGGUCUGGCUACUAUUUGGGUUGGGUUCUUUAUAUUAUUACCUUGGGGACAUCAGUACCCCAAAAUCCAGUGGGCAGACAUCCAGAACACAACCAUUCAUAACUCAAGUUACUGGGGUUCAAGCCUCACGUCUGCCAAGAAUGACACAAUAGAGCAGACAGGAUGUCCUGCGACGCAGUCCUGGUGCUUCUAUACACCAGUCAUCCACCUGUCUCAGUACCUCACAUCUGAUAUAUUGAUUGGGAUAGGAUAUCCAGUCUGCAAUGUCAUGUCUUACACUUUGUACUCAAAACUCUUAGGCCCAAAACCACAGGGCCUAUAUAUGGGCUGGUUAACUGCUGCUGGCAGUGCAGCCCGAACACUAGGACCUGUAUUCGUCAGUGAGACCUAUACACACCUGGGACCAAGGUGGACCUUUAGCAUUGUUUGUGGAAUUGUGGCAGUUUCUCUACUACAUUUGUUAGCUGUUUAUAAACGACUUAUUGCUUUUUCUGUUCGACAUGGGAGAAUAAUCCAAACCACAAACACAUGAAAGACUGAGGAGACGCUGAACUGGAGUUCAUGACUAUCUAAAACCAAAAGUAAUUUGUGGUACAAAUUUCCAACACUGGAUUCAUCUGCUGCUAUGAAAGGUUACUCCUUUCACUGUGGGCUUAGGGUUAUCCAUCUUAUAAUUAGGUAGGUGUGGUGAGGCUGAGCACAUCAUGUAAGGUAUAUGGUCUUUGGUCAUACAUAAAUAAUUGGGUAUCCGGUCUUUAGGUCGACAGCACUUAGGUUGAACACUAUUGGUCGACAUGGUAAAGGUUGACAUGCGUUUUUCAUUUUUUAAGCUGUGCCGAGCGCAGCGGUAGGGGAGCGAUGCACUAAUUGGGGUUCCUGGUCACUUUACGAAGAACACGACACCAAAAAAAAAAAAAUAGGGUUUUGGUACUUACCAGAUAAAUCCUUUUCUUUGAAUCCACAGGGGGCACUGGAGUACUCUUGGGAUAUGGAUGGGGCAUAGCCGGGAUAUGCACAUUUAAAUAUUUAAAUUAGUAACUCUCCAACCCCUCCAUACUCCCAUAGAUACUUCAGUAUUUUUACUGAGCCAAACAGGAGCGAUAGAGAGGAUGAACAAUAGAGAAUUACAUAUAACAUUAAAACAUAACGGACAAUACUAAAGUUGACACAUAACGUAACUGACAACUAAACAGUUGGCACAAUAAUAGAUAUCAUCGUAACAUCUUAACAAUCGGUGAGAAUGUGUUACCAUAAGAUCCACUGUACUUACCACAAGACAGGUAAACUGCUCUGGGUGGGCGUCCAUUGCCCCCUGCAGAUUCAAAGAAAAGGAUUUAUCUGGGAAGUACCAAAAUCCUGUUUUCUUUUACAUCCACUAGGGGUCACUGGAGUACUCUUGGGACGUACCAAAGUUUCCCCCUUGGGCGGGAGAGUUGUUUGGCACCUGUAACACUAGACAGCCAAAGCUAGAUGCUGAUGCUGUAAACAUAUCAAACUUGUAAAAGCGCACAAACGUGUGCACUGAUGACCAUGUAGCAGCCAGUCAAAGUUGCGUCGUAGAAGCUCCACGACCUGCUGCCCAUGAAGUUCCCACAGAACGUGUGGAAUGAGCUGAAACUGCUGUAGGCGGUUGUAGCCUAGCAUGAAGGUAAGCCUGACGUAUGGUCAGCUUAAUCCAUCUGGACAAAGUCUGCUUGGAAGCUGGCCAAGCCAUCUUGACUGCAUCAUAGAGAACAAACAAGGUAUCUGUUUUACGUAUAGUUGAUGUUCGGGCUACAUAAACGCGUAGUGCGUGUACCACAUCCAAAGUAGCUUAAGUUCCUGAGCCUUCUGAUAACACAGGAACUACGAUUGGUUGAUUGAUGUGACAAAAAAUACGAUUUUACU